AUGCGCACUGCUAGGGACAUCCAAACCUUCAAUUGGAUGUCAUUCUCUUCUUCCAAGAUACAGGCGAACGUCGAACCGUUUAUCGAGUCGUCAACGUCUAUCUCGGACCAAGGUGCUCACUUUCGCCUCAAGCGUCGCCGUGUGGACUGGAUGAGCAUCUCUCAGGAGAAUCAAACCAAGUCACGGUACACAGAGCUUUUGCCAAAAUGCAAUCGACUUCUACCCAACAUGCGGAACCCAGCUACCCGAAUUCAAGAGAUAUGGACUUUUCUCAGCUCACUGAUCACGAAUGAGCGGGUGGCAGUGAAACGGGGCGUCUCCAACUUGAAUGGAAUUUUGCUCAUUCGUUCUCUUCCAACUCAGAACCAACCCUCUCUGAAGACACUAUAUCAAUCGCGUAGACCACCUACGAUCAAUAUCGUACGGCUGUACGAUGCUAGGUCGCAUCUCCAAUUGAUACUCGAUAACGCCAGAGCAGCAGGCGUCAGCGCGAGUUUCUUCUUCGACCUCAAAAGCAGAACUCGCAAAGACGAAUUCGCUCGGACCAAAGCUGCAGGGGGUAGUAGAUACGCGGUGAGAGGGAUCAAAAGACCAGGCGUCCAGAAUCGCGCUGCACGCGACAUACAACUGGAAGAAGUCAGUAAGAAAUUGUGGAAGGGGAAAUCUGGCAGUCUUACUGAGAAGCGGUAUCUAUGCUACUUGCCAGAGUCAAGGUCCGUCGAUCAUUUCCAGUCGGACAGCCUGAGUGAUGAUGUGGAUGAAUUGUUGGCGGUUCUGAAACAGCCCCAAGACGAUGUGGGUACUCGCGAUGGGUCUUCUGGGAUGCUACUGAUAGAAUUUGAGCUCGCUGUGGGCAACAGCGAACACGAAGGUGUUAGGCAACUGUGCGGAGUGUGGCCCGCGCGGCCCCAGAGUAACCAUAUCCAGGAGACAGAAGAUUGA